AUGCAUACCGGAGUCCAGCUCUGUGGGAGAAUGGAGGCCAACGCUUCCACUCUCCUGGAGGAUGAUGAUCUCUCCUGUGCUGUAUGUAGAAAGGUCUUCUCUGCUCCCGUGGUUCUCAGCUGUCAUACCUGUGGCUGUAGCUUCUGCAAUCUCUGUCUGGAUGAGUUCUGGGAGCAGCAGGGUUCUGAAAUAUGUCCUCUGUGCAUUAUCGACUACCCUGGAGGUCCUCAGAGAACGUGUGAGGAACACAGGGACAAACUGAAGAUCUUCUGUGUCACAGACCUGCAGCCUAUCUGUGAUUAUCAUUGGUCAGUUGACCAUAAGGAUCACAAAGUGUACCCAAUAGCUGAGGCAGUGGUGGACUGCAAGACAUCCCAGAUGGAGCGUAUCAUUCUUCUGGAAUACGCUGGCCCCACCAGUCUUGUGACUUAAAUUAAAUGAAUUAAAUGAUCAAAUGAUUGCAUCACCCUCAUCAAAAUGUUAUUGGCUGUAUAAGGCAGACCCCCUUGCAUCAUCAAUCUGAAGUGCCAAUCUCCACCUGUCCAACAACACUGAUCUCAGAACACUGCGUCAAUGAAAUGGGACUAUCACUCACUCUCUGGUCUUCCUCCAAAGAUAUC